GGGAUCCAAUGGGAAAAGAACGUUCACACGGACUAGAAGACGAAGCCAAUGGAAUGGAAAAUUGUCCUGGCGUUGGUAGAAGCAGCCAAUGAGAUGAAAAGAGCCCGCCUCCAAAGUGGCUGCAGAGGCAAUGGGGUGAAUCGUGCCCAGAGGCGCUCUCCAAUGGGAUAGCAGGGCUCUCCCGGCUGCCACUACUCCGCUUCCCGGCGCCCGGAGUCCCCACCCACGGCCGGCCGCGGAGCCGAGUGCUGACCCGGGUGAGAGGUUCCCGCGGCUCAGGGAAGAUGGCGGCAGCCGUGGUGCUGGCUGCUGGGUUGCGCGCGGCGCGCAGAGCCGUGGCGGCCACGGGGGUGCGCGGGGGGCAGGUCCGAGGAGCUGCAGGUGUGACUGAUGGGAAUGAAGUGGCCAAGGCCCAGCAGGCAACUCCUGGGGGAGCAGCCCCAACCAUCUUCUCCCGGAUCCUGGACAAGAGCCUCCCAGCUGACAUUCUCUAUGAGGACCAGCAGUGUCUUGUGUUCCGUGAUGUGGCCCCUCAGGCUCCUGUGCACUUCCUGGUCAUUCCUAAGAAGCCCAUUCCUCGGAUUAGCCAGGCUGAAGAAGAAGACCAGCAGCUUCUAGGACACCUACUCCUUGUGGCCAAGCAGACAGCAAAGGCUGAGGGCCUGGGAGAUGGAUACCGACUUGUGAUCAACGAUGGGAAGCUGGGUGCACAAUCUGUGUAUCAUCUGCACAUUCAUGUACUUGGGGGCCGGCAGCUCCAGUGGCCUCCAGGUUGAACCUGCCAACUGACUAAAGGACACCAGACUCUGGAUGCUUGGAUGGAAAGGGAAAAAUGGACCCUGUGAUGCUAAUAAAACUGUUCUCCCUUAA